CACAUAUAUAUAUACACUCAUAAACACAUUUCGGUCAAUCAAAUUGAGAUUACGAAAUCAGUGACAGAUAGAAUCUAAAAGAGCCAUGGCUCAAAAACCAUCAAUCACAAGCUUCUUCGUCAUGAUCAUUCCUAUGUUUCUCUUCUCUGUUCUUACCCAUGCCCAACCCACGGUCUUACCAGAAGAUCUCUGCAAAUCCACGAUUCAACAAUCGGUUUGCAAUUCCAUCUUAACCGGAGCAGAACCGGGCCCGGUUACCGGUUUCGCUCGAAUCGCUCUCGAGAAGUCUCAACAAGUUACCCAAAGGCUUUUAGCCUCCCUUGCCACGUCACCGCCGUCGUCACUUGCCCACGAAGAUUGCCAGUUUCUCGCCAGACUGAGCGUCGAGCAUCUGACACGUGUCGCCGGUAAAAUCACCGGCGUCGAUGUUCUCGGCGUCUCCGAAGUGGACGAGUCGGUCACGCUUCUCAGCGCGGCUCUCUCGAACUAUGACACGUGUCACGAGUCAAUUUUCGAGGUGCUCGCCGGAAAAUCGCCGUCACCGGAGGAGAGCGGAGUUCUCGCCCGCGUUUCCGAUGGCGCGAAGGUGAUUAGUGUUUGCCUUGCGUUGUUCAGAAAGGCUUGGCCGGCGCCGUCUUCAUUGCCGGGGAUAAAGCCGCCUGAGAGGCAUCUGUUGGAGAAGAAAUGGUCGGAAGUUUCGGUGAGGAAGAUGUCUGAGCGAGAGAGAAUGAUCUACGAGAGAGUUAUGGUGGUCGGACGAAAACUUCUUCAGGUGAUAAACAUGGGUCCGAAUAGUUUGAGACAGUCGCCUUUUCCAAACCACGGCACGGCGGCAAAGGUGGCGAAGACGGUGGUGGUGGUGAACCCUAGCGACCCUCCCGCCUUUUCCAACAUAACGGCCGCAGUGGCAGCGGCUCCGACCAAGGCCGAAUCUACGGACGGAUACUACGUAAUAUAUGUCGUGGCCGGAAUCUACCAAGAGUACGUGACCAUACCAAGCGACAAAACUUACGUCAUGAUCGUCGGCGACGGCAUUGGUAGGACCAUCAUCACCGGAAACAAAAGCGUCGGCGACAAUUCCACCACUUUCGCUUCCGCCACUCUCGCGAUCAACGGAAAAGGAUUUGUGGCGGCUAACAUAACGGUGCGAAACACGGCGGGAGCAGCCAAACACCAAGCAGUAGCUGUCCGUACAAGCGCAGACAUGUCGGCAUUUUUCAGAUGCAGCUUCGAGGCUUACCAAGACACGCUCUACGUCCAUUCCCUCAGACAGUUCUAUAAGGAAUGCGAAAUAUUCGGUACGGUCGAUUUCGUAUUCGGUAACGCAGCCGCGGUUUUUCAGAGUUGUAACAUUUUCCCGAGAUUGCCGCUCCAAGGACAAUUCAACGCCAUUACUGCUCAGGGCAGAACCGACCCGAACCAGAACACGGGGAUUUCGAUCCAGAAUUGUACCAUUAAACCGAGUACCGAAUUGGUUUCCGGUAAUUUCCCGGUUCAGACUUACUUGGGAAGGCCGUGGAAGGAGUAUUCGAGGACGGUUUAUUUGCAGAAUUUCAUGGAUGGACUCAUUGAUCCCAAGGGAUGGACUGAAUGGAUGGGUGAUUUCGCGUUGAAAACUUUGUAUUAUGCCGAAUUUAAGAAUACCGGACCCGGUUCAGAUACGACUAACCGGGUUACAUGGCCCGGUUAUCACGUGAUUGUCAACGAAGACGAAGCCGAGUCGUUCACUGUCAGCAAAUUCAUUGUCGGAGAUUCAUGGCUGCCAGUAACCGGAGUUCCUUUUUUCGGCGGGCUAAUGGCUUAA